AUGGUGGAGGGCAAGAAGGAGUGGAAUGAAGACUUAAUCAGGUCCAUUUUCAGGGAAGAAGAGGCAGAUCAAAUAUGUUGUAUCCCCUUGAGCAGAAAGGAGGUUGAAGAUAAGCCAAUCUGGGGCCCCUUAAACAAAGGCUUGUUUAGUGUGAAAAGUGCCUACUUUCUAGAGAAAGAAAGAUCAAGCAGGUGGCAAGGGGAGUCCUCUAAGGGUUUUGAGGCAGAUGAUCAAUGGAAACAUAUUUGGAGCAUGAAUUUGCCUAGUAAAAUGAAGUUGUUUAUGUGGAAAGUAGGAAAUAAUCUGUUGGCCACAAAAAGCAACUUAGUGGCUCGAAAAGUAUGUGAUAAUUCAAGGUGCCCAAUCUGCCUUAAAGAAGCUGAGAAUGUUAUGCAUGUAUUAUGGCUCUGCCCUGCUGCAAAUGAUGUUUGGGCUGAGCAUUCAAGAACUCUGCAGAAAUGGAAUACUGAAGAAAAUGAUUUUUUGGGUUUAUGGGCAAAGAUUUCAUCUAAGCUCAAUAAACCUGAAACAGAAGAGGUGGUUGCUGUUAUGAGGAACUUGUGGAUCAGAAGAAACAAGUUUAUUUUCGAACAGAAAUUUGCUAGUCCAAGCAGUGUUAUCAGAUUAGCAAAGGAAGACCUGAAUGAGUACUAUGCAGCCUAG